CGGAGGCGCGCACGCGAGGCCUCCCACCGCGCCUGCGCUGAGGAUGGACGCUGGCUCGUCUUUUCCCGACGCCCAGCAGUCCCGGCCGGGAUGAAGCACUGCGUGACACGCAGCGAGCGUGGCGGCCAUCUUCGUUUUCUGGGCACGUCAGCUGAGCCGGUUAGGGCUGAAGAGGAGCGCUGCGCAGGCGCACCCAAGCCGGUCCCAGGUAACUCCCAUCUGACCGGCGAGGCGUCGCCGCCGCUGUCGCCGCCGGAAGUUUGGUGUUUAUGCGCCGCAGGAGAGGCGGCGGUCGCGUCAGAAGCAGCGGAGUGUCUCCCGUUACCCGGAUGUGAGGCGACCUGCCGGCUCCAGUGGGACGGUCGGCCACGACUAAGGAAGGUACGCUGGCGUUUCUGACCGGCCUGCUGCCUGCUGUCGCGCCGCCUGCGUCCUCACCUCCCUUUUGCCAGCCCCUGUGGAGAGCCGGAGGGUUCUUCUUUUUUCUGUCCCACCCUCUGUGUCGUGUUGCCUCGCACGCCCCUUCCUUCUCCUCCGGUGCCGGCUCCUCGCGCCCUGAGGAGGGAGGUGGGAGGUUCCAAGACGUCGUUGCCUGAGGUAGGCAACUAAGCCCUGCUUAUUUCUGUUGCCCUGUCGCCGCACCACCUGCCGCAUCACCUGCCGCUUCCUGCUAGACGGUCAGGGUUACUAAGGAAGGACGACCGAAGACGGGGUCAGGGAAGGGGUCCCCAAGGCGGCUACUGGGUCGGGUCGGCGGUACCUCCGCAGGUCGUGCCGGCCUCGUCCCGGGUGUCUUUUUCUCGGCGUUUUCCCCGAGCUUCGUCAGCAGCUGUCGAGCUGCGGCUCGCUCCCCUGCGUCCGCCGCCACCCGCCGACCUAGCCUGAGCCCCGAGGCCUCUGCAGUCUCCGGGGCUGAAUGCGGGGAUCCUGGUCUUACCGACUUCACCCUGGGAGGGGAGAGGCUGCCGGGGACCAAGGUCGUGGAGUGAUUCGGAUUGGAGAUGAGGGUCUGGGCUCACAGGUUCUGAGUAAUGUGAUAAGAACAUAAGGAAUGAUCUUGUCAAGGUUUUAUGAGUUAUGGUGGCUGAAACAUCAAUUCUACCUUGUGGGAAAAGAACUAAACAACAGCACAAAAGGAAAUCUGUAUUAGCAAAGUAUUUUAUUAAACGGAGGAGGUUAAAUAACAGCUUCUGGCCAAGAGAUUCAGCAAACAAGGAAAGAAACGUUUUAGCUGUAAGACAUGUUUCAAAUGAAUCAAAGUCCGGUAACUGUAGAAUUCAGAAGAAAAAAGUUUUCAAAAAUUUUGUCAAAACAGACAGGUCAGUGAUAAAUAACUCCUCCAGUGGUAGGACUAGGCCUGAUACCAAAAUUAAUUGAAAAAUUAACAAAACAGUUUGAACCUGAAUUUAUUCAUUUUUUUCAUAAAAAACUUCAAAUUAGAAUUAAUUUUCUUAAGAUUUUUAUUGCCUUACUCAAAGUAAAUCAAAUAUCUUUCCACAUUCAUACCAACUUUUCUCAUAUCCUAGAAAUGGCAGAAACCUUACUUGAAGCAACGAGUAUUUUUGUUGAAAAUGCACUUCAGCAUUAGUUAAAGUCAGAAUUUUAAGACCUGCUCUUCUGAAAUAAUACUAGACAUUCAGCAUUCACACCUACCAGGACACAAAAAUCCUCUAAAAACUACUCAGAAAAGGAGGACCUUACUCAGGAACGAUGUCCAUUCAGCAGAAAUCAAAGGAAAAUUCCUCUAAAGUUAUUAAAAAAAAUGAAGAUAAGAAUUUAGAAGCACAAAAUCAAAAUUCUCAAAAGAAUCUAGCAAAAAAAUCAGGUCCAAAGGAAACCGUAAAGUCAUUGGUUAAAUCUUCCAGUGAAAGUAAAAUAAAUCAGCCUGAACUGGGGACAUGCAUGAGUACAAGGUCAGCAAAGGCAGCGUCUAGUGAUCAGAAGGCUACUAAACCCAUUAAUAGUACCAUGAUGACUGUAAAAGGACAUUCGCACCAAGAAUCUGCAAAAAAGAAAAAAUCAUCUCAGAAAAAAUCAAUAUAUGAAACCCUUAAGUCAAAUGAACAGCUUAACCGGAGAUCACAAAGACUACAACAGUUAACAGAGGUGUCAACAAGGUCUUUGCGCAGUAGAGAAAUUCAGAGUCAAGUUCAAUCAGUUAAACAGAGUUUACCACCAACAAGAAAAGAGCAUAGUAGCAAUAUGCAAAGUAAAUCUAAAGUUAAAACAAAUAAAAAACAUGUGAAAAGAAAAAUACUGGAUAUAAUACCUGACUCUAAAGAAGAUGAAAACCCGGUAAUUAAUGAAGUAAUAAAUUCUCCCAAAGGAAAAAAACGCAAAGUAGAGCAUCAGACAGCUUAUAUUUGUAGUUCUCAGAACAAACAAGAAUCUGAAAAGUGUCUUCAGAAGACUGAUAGAAAAGAGGAUAUAAAACCUGUGCCUGUAACAACUUCUGAGGUAAAAAGAUCAAACAUGGCUGCUUCAUUGGUCUCUAAAAAAAGUGAGAAGGCCAAGUCAGUUAAUACCCAAGUGAAUGCUUGUGCAAAAUCCCAAAAAUGUCCACAGCCAUCAGUGCCUGAACAAAGCAUAGAAAAUGAGCUGGAGCAAGCAAGAAAGAGCAAACGAGGUAGCAUUCUCCAGCUCUGUGAAGAAAUUGCUGGUGAAAUUGAGUCUGAUACUGUUGAGGUAAAAAGAGAAUCUUCACAAAUGGAAGCUACAAAAGAGGAGAAGCCUACAGAAAUAAAAUUGGAGGAGACUGAUGUUGAAAGACAAAUACUUCAUCAGAAGGAAACAAAUCAGGGUGUUCAGUGUAAUCGUUUCUUCCCCAGUAGGAAAACAAAGCCUGUGAAAUGUAUACUAAAUGGAAUAAACAGCUCAACUAAGAAGAAUUCCAACUGGACUAAAAUUAAACUCUCGAAAUUCAACUCUGUACAGCAAAAUAAAUUGGACUCUCAAGUUUCCCCUAAAUUGGGCUUGUUAAGAACCAGUUUUUCACCACCAGCUUUAGAAAUGCAUCAUCCAGUGACUCAAAGUACAUUUUUAGGGACAAAACCACAUGAUGAGAAAAACAUAACUUGCCAUCAUGAAAAAAUGAAAGAAAUUAAUUCUCAAGAAGUUAAAAAUAAUGAUAUUACAGUUGAAAUUAAUAAAACCACAGAAGGGGAUCCUGAAAAUUGUCAUUUGGAUAAUCAGAUAAAACCUUCUACUGAACCACCAUUGGAUAAUCAGAUGAAUCAUUCUUUUGAAUCAACACCAGUUAAGGUUCUGAGUAAUGUGAUAAGAACAUAAGGAAUGAUCUUGUCAAGGUUUUAUGAGUUAUGGUGGCUGAAACAUCAAUUCUACCUUGUGGGAAAAGAACUAAACAACAGCACAAAAGGAAAUCUGUAUUAGCAAAGUAUUUUAUUAAACGGAGGAGGUUAAAUAACAGCUUCUGGCCAAGAGAUUCAGCAAACAAGGAAAGAAACGUUUUAGCUGUAAGACAUGUUUCAAAUGAAUCAAAGU